AUGACUGCAGGUGAUCCACCCCAGCAGAAGACAAGUCAAGGAAAUGAGAAAAAGAAAGAAGAUGAGAAUAUUACUCAAGGUGAUCCACCUAAACAGAAGAGAAGUCAAGGAAAUGAGAAAAAGACAGAAGACGACAAUAUUUCUCAAGGGCCAUCAAAACGAAGAAAGCAAUUUAGGGUUGGAGAUGAUGGUAAAAUAUUAUUUGAUGAAGAAGAGCUCAAAAUGAUCCUAGAUUUUAAGAGAGGUGAGGACUAUAUUGAGGUUCUUUGUGGCGCUACAAACAAAAAAUAUGGAGAUUAUGUUGGGAGGCUAAAAAUUAAUAACGAAGGUCAAUAUUUCAUCACUUGUGAGUGUUGCCCUGAGUGUCCCUUGGUGAAUGUCACUCUAGAAGCAUUUGAGAAACAUGCUUUAAGGGAAGGGAGCGGAAGGUGGAAGAGAAACAUCUGGAUUCAUUGUGAAGACGAAGACAAAGUUCCACUCUGGAAGACACCUCUGAUAAAGUAUUACACACACCAGGCAAAUGUGGCUAACCGGAAAGACUCUGCAAUGAGGAAACAAAACUUUCACAGGGAUGAGUUCCUACGUUGCACGAGAUGCGGGAAGGAGCGCAGGUUCCAUCUCAAGAGCAGACCAGACAUUAAGAACUACCAUGAUGCUUCAAACAACAAAUGCUGGAAUUGUUCUCUUUGGCCUUAUCAAAAGUAA